AUGACCAAGUUCGCCAAUGUCGACGUUCCACUCGAUGAUUUAAUCACAAGGACUAGAAAGACUAAGUCAAGCAUUGGUGAAUCUAUAAUAAAUAACUUCUAUUUCUUUUUUUUUUUGGUUAGGGAACAAUUCAUUUUUCUUCCAGGUAAACGCAGUGGUGGCUUCAGCAGCUCACGGGGCCGCGACUUUAACUCUCACUGGCGCGGAGGUUUGCGCAAAGGUGGGGACCGUGGAGGAUAUGUUGACCAUGAUGCCCCGGAACAGUUGCCCAGACUUGGAGGUUUCAGUGAUUUCUUUUCGCUUCUUAAUCGUAAAAUUAAGGUGGUAAUAAGACUGUUCGUGUAAACAUCUCAAAUUUGGCCCCCAGCGUGGUUUCCAAUGAUCUGGAAGAGCUUUUCGGCGAUUACGGACUGGAUACUGCCGUCGUCAACUACAACGAACACGGUUCGUUUUUGUUCCUUCUGAAUUAAAAAAAAUUUAGCACAGAGUGAUUUCACACGGUUUGUUUAUAUUUAUUGACUUUUGGAACUUAAAUCUUAUUUUUUUCUCUUUCCCUGUCUGAGAAAAAACUGUCUUACUUUCAUAAGAACACUGAAAGUUUCUAAUUACUAGAGAGGUCAGCGUGAAAAACUUCGAAAUUGAAAAUCUGUAUCACAGUUUUCAAAUGAAGAAUUACUUUAACUUUUGAAUUUAUUCACAUAAAAGAUAUAAAAUUUGUUCUACAAGGUUUUUCUGGGUGGUUCUGAUUUUUGAAUAGUAAAUAAAUUUAGGAGAAUCUCUCGGUACUGGAGACAUUGUGCUCAAAAAGAGAGACGCCGAGAAAUUGAUCAAGCAGUUCUCCGGCGUGGCUCUUGAUCAACAUGUGAGUUUUUCUUUGCAGUCAUGCAUUUUCCAUUUUGAUAAAGGUACUCAAAUUCGCUUUGGUGGAUGAAAGUCAAGGAAUUGCCUCUCGUUUGGAUUUCGGGGCAAAACGUCUUCUUCAACCAUCUCGUUUCAAAAGACCUUCACGAGGCCGUGGAGACGGUUUGAAACGAAGUAAGAAACUGUUCAUUUUGGUUGGAUUCUUUCUCUCUGUGUGAUAAUUCAAAAAUGUGAGAAACAUAUUAAUGAAUUCAGACAUCUAAAAAAAUCGCUGAUUUUUUUACUUGUAUUUUAAGAAUAAUAAAAAAAGGUGUAAACAAGUUGAUAAAAACAAAAAAAAUGCAUUUUUUUCCCCGUGUUUUUUUCUCCUUUUUUCCAUGAAUUUUCGCAGAUUAUCUCAUAAGUUUCGUAAGAAAGUAUAAUUUUGAAAGAAAGAAAUGUUUUGAAACAAAAGUUUUUCUUUUUUCCAUUUUUAAAGAGGUAACUUAAUAUAUUACGAUUUUUAUUUGUUUCAUAUUUUCAGGCGAAGAUUUUCUUCGUAGUGGCGUUCACGAAGGCAUUAUUGGAUCUCGGAAGGCAGGCGGCAAGAAGUUCAACGAAAAGUAUAUUUUUCACUUUUUCGAUGAGACUUUUGACACAAUCCCUUCAGAAAGUCGAAAAAAAGCGAAGCAGAGCUCGACGCAGAACUCGAAGCCUACAUGUCAAAGCGCAAGGCUUAA